UCUAGCUUAGCACGAUGUCUCUUUCGUGAUACAGUAAGUGACAUGCUUGCUUUGCUUUGCUUCUAUCUGGAAGCGUCACUGCUCGUCUCGUUUGAUCCACCUCCACCUGCACCGGGAACGAAAGAUGGCCGCUCCGAUGGCCCGCUUCCUCGCCAACGCGGCGGCCAAGAGGUCCGGCGGCCCGGCGCUGCGCCGUCGUUUCGCCUCGUCCGCCCGCCACGACGACGCACAGGAGGCGGCCAAGUGGGAGCGGAUCACCUUCUUUGGGAUCGCCACCUGCACCGUGCUCGCCAUCUACCACCUCUCCAGGGGCCACCAACACUUCCCCGACCCACCGCCUUACCCUUACCUGCACAUCAGGAACAAGGAGUUCCCCUGGGGCCCUGAUGGCCUCUUUGAGAGGAAGAAGAACUCCGACCACCACUAGUACCGCACUGCUGCCCUAUGUAUGUAUGUAUGUCGUGCUGUGUCAGUGUGCUUUAUCUAUGUACAGCUCACGUUGAUGUAUGUAACGGUUGCUACAAACUUCUUGUAUCCUGUUGGUGUGGAGCGUUUGCAUCAAAACGAUGUUUGUGCAUA